AAAAAAAAUGAGAGCGCUCGUCAGACACUCCGCGCUUGCCUUUCCGCGCGCUACGUACGCGAGUGAUUCGUCUGGUUUGGGAGUUGAUUUCCCAAAUCCCGCAUGCACUUUCACGCUCAAGUACUAUCCCGAAGAUGUUAGGAAAAGUUACGUAAAGUGAGCGGCCGCUAUAAUACGUAAGAACGUCCGUGAGAUCGUUGCUCAGCGUACCAUGACCAUGGCCUUGGCGCGGUCAUACGCUGUUGGAUAAUUAUUAGGCCCGUUACAAUAGCCCGAAAUCGAGCCCCGUUGUGCCAAACGUCGGGUACUUCCUUAUUUCUUCUUUACCGGACAAAUCGCGCUCUUUCGAAAUGAUUUCUGAAACGAGUUUGCACGAGUAAUACUGGCAUUACUCGAGUACACUCGCGAGUACAGUCGCGUCUGAACAAAUCUAUAUGAAAUAAUGAUGAAUCGGAUAAUGAGUGUAUCGUCAUAAUAAAAUAACAUCGUCCUUUAACGGCCAAGUCUGAAAACGGCCUUCUUUAGAAAAACGGAAGAAUAUUCAAAGGGAGAACGUUUGUGUCGCUGACAGUACUACAUUGUUCCACGCGGUUCCAUGCAGUUUCAAACACUUUCUAGUAUUAGCGAAAUAAGAUGGAUUUCGAUAAGUCGCGAUGGUCGAUUCAACAGGUUGAAUAAUUUCAGCAGCUCGAGAAACUUGCUACUCCGACAGCUGUCACUUCCUGAUAAUUAUGUGCAUACAGAUGACCCGAACAACGGUCAAUUAGACUGUCAGAAAUAUCAAAUUGUCGGCUGACUCGAGUCGGCCUAUCGUUCACGCCGCGCGUGUCAUUUCGCUUGCAAACAUUCUGCAUUUCGUCUCGCUCGUUUCUGACGCUUGCUUAGGUCUCUAACGCGAUAUUACGCAAUAUACUCAAUUGAGCAUGCACCUGCGUAAAUAAGUUUUUGUUAACCUGGAAGAGAAACGAAUCUCGGUUGUGUCUGGCGAGAGAGACGAAGUAGACGGUCUUUGAUACGCGUUGCGACAACUCAUCAUGUUUCUCGUCGACAAGUGCAGCUUUGACUUUAACACCGCGUUACAAGAUGAAUCUCGCGACGAUUUCAACUCUUACAGUUCUCCUCCGGAUUACAAUCAAGGCUAUGAGUAUCCACGACAAGACGAUAGUCAAUUGUAUACGCAGCUUCCUCUAAGAGGACAGCCAGCCUUAGUAUAUGGACCUCCAUCCAAUAGUAGCCGUUAUCACAGCUACAAAUAUUCUGCACCACCGCAAUCACCGAAAAAUCCUUCCCUCCCGGAAGUAACGUUGAAGUAUCAUCAGAAUGACGCACGACAGAUCGAUCAUACUUAUUCGCAGGAAUUUAUAAAUAUGUUUGGAUCAAAUCAAUGGUGGUUGACGAAAAGGUACUCGCGAAGUGACAAAAUAUCGCCGCGAACUUACAGCGUGAAUCCCUUGUUGGGAUAUGCGAAAUUUAAGCACGAUCGUGUAAAGAGACAGUCAAACAAUCCGGAUGCCAUUGCCUUGUGUCCCACGCAAGCGCAAUACAUUGCUCCCAGAGCAGCUCUAAAUAAACAAGGCAACUGGAUGUACGUUGUUAAUCUUCCGGGACAAAACAAGUAUUCGCAACUCGUCAGAAGCGAGAAAUGCGUGAAUGACAAGUGCAACGGAAUAUGCUCCAUUCCAGAGGGAUAUAGAAGCAGAUGCCAGCAACAAUUUGUGCAAAAGAGACUAAUCGCCCUUGAAGGCAGCGGAAAUCGACUGUAUUCCGACUUGUUCUGGUUUCCACACGGUUGUUCGUGCCAGAUUAUACCGAAUUUUUGAAAAUAUACGAUUAUAACGUCGCGCAGUGACGCGAACAGGGCACUUUCAAGAAAAUAAAUUGUUAAAUGCGAUUGUUAAAUGCGUGUUGAUUACACGCGAGGUUUUCUUCACGAUAAUUUGUAAUUUGUCAAUGAUUGUAAUUCGUAUUGUCAGUAUUGUAAUACAGAGCGCGCCUGGCGCAACGGCAUUGAAAGUGAGUACCGAUAAUGUAGCGUUCUAUGAACGAUGUAUCCGAGCAAGUGUGUCAUCGCACUGCGUCUUACCAGCGGUGUUCAAGCGGACACACGUUGUCAGUGUAUCGUUAAUUGCCAUUGUUAAUUACAAAUCGCAAGCGGCGUCAAAUUUGUUAAAAACAUUGAUAAACAUUUUUAAUAUGUUUUUUCGGAAUGAACAAACAAAUAUUCUUAACAAGAGAUGUCGCUGUUCUGCUACCAUACGAUAUUCCAUGCAUAUUUGCGUUACGCAUUAUUUAGGAUAAGAGACACAUAUGUGGAUUUUUUAUAUAUAUUUUAUUGAAACUACAGUAAAAUUA